AAGUGAGUGAGUGGUAGUAUGCCUGGUGUGUGUGGCGCCGGGCCGAUACCUUUCCCUAUCGUAGAGGAGAAUACGAAAGCUACCAUUGCACUGUUAAGAGGAAGGUCGCCGCUGUACCUCUCCCGUGUUUCAGGUGCAAGCCUCCGGAGGGAAUUUCAGGAACGAGGGAGAAACCGUCAGGUGUUCAGCAGCACGUGUAAUUAGCAAGCUCCUCCUCACCCUCAGGCUCCGGCAAUCCAGUCAAGCCAGACAACAGUCACCGUCACGCGAUAUUCCAGACGCCUAAUUUACCCCCUGCCUUUUCUUCAAUUUCAUAUUCUUUUUAUCAAAUAAUAAGCAAAAUCUCAUUUACCAAUGUAGUCUUUGUAUUUUUCCUAUAAUACCAAAUUUCCUCUAAUUGCUGGAGCCUGAUGUCUCAACCGUUACAUUAAUUUAAAAUAGCACCAAUAAACAAAAAAAAAAAAAACAUUACGGGGCACCGGUGCUGUGACACCUUCACAGCACAUACUGUGCAUAAUCAACGAGAUGUCCGGAAAGGCUGGAUCUUCUGGCACCUCAGCGCGCCCAUGGCAAGAUUCCUUACACACAGCAGGACAGGCGCUCAACUUUCUUCUGGCGUCUGGCACUCUCUCAGACGUCACGCUAAUGGUCGGCCGGGAAGGUAAACAGUUCAAGGUGCACCGCCUCAUCCUGGCCAUGAGGAGUCCAGUCUUGGAGGACAUGUUGCUCCUCAACACCACCAGCAAAAGCAACGUCAUCACUCUCAAGGACGAUUCACCUUCUGCCUUCUACUGGCUACUCAAUCACAUCUAUGCCGACAAGAGCGACAUCAACGAUAUUGACCUUGCCCUGCAAGUGCUCGGUUUGGCGGACAAGUACAUGGUGGCCAGCGCUUACGACAUCUCUAUUAGGUUCUUGCAGGCUGCUGUGAAGCGAAACAAUGUACUUAAAAUCUACAAGUACGUGGUUCAUCUAUUUCCUGACAACGAGUCUCUGAGGAACCUUUGCUCAAGGAUAUUCCAGGACAACGGAAACGCAGUUCUGGUGUCUCCUGCUUUGCUGGAGCUUACCCCAGAGACAAUGGUACAACUCCUAAUGGAGCCUCUUAGGGUAACGUCAGAGACAGUAAUAUUCAAGGCUCUCGUCAAAUGGGGUCAAGCUCAGGUCAAGCUACAGAAGAAGCCGUCCACAGCGUCAUUACUUCGCCAGGAGAUAAGUCAGUUUCUGCCCAUGGUGCGCUUCUUCACCAUGACCUACGAGGAAUUCGUGCAGAGCGUCGUUAUCUCAGACGUUCUCACUCCCGACGAGAGCGUUUUCAUCCUUAAGAGCAUCGCAAACCCUGAAGGAGACGUUUCGUCUUUGUCCUCUUACACGAGUAACACCGUCAAGAUCAACAUCAGUAGGGAGUCUCGAGCCUUUCCCAUUACUAAGGACGUGACUCGUACGUGCGUGUGUGAUGGCGUCAGCAAGCUGUGGUUACAGGAACAAGUGUACCAUUUCCAGCUUGUGCCCAAUGACAACAUUAUUCUCCUGGCAGUCAACGUCCAGCUGCAGGGUGGCAGCAAGGAGGCCCAGGUCAGCAUUCGUAAGGAAGAUCCAAGCUCAUCAGUGAUCGCCAGUGCCGAGUCACGUAGCGGCCACCUUCCCUUCAGCCACCCAGUUUACAUGCGAGAGGACGUCACCUAUAUCGUCACCAUUCACGUCCCUGAUCCCCAAACGUCCCUCUACGGCAACAAGUUCAGUAAGGAGGUUUACGAAGUUGGUGGAUUUAGAUUUAUAUUAGCCCCAGGAGUCUUCGUGAGUUCGCUGGAGUUUUUCUGAUGAUGAGAAACGAGACUCGUACAAAUUUUCAAAGUGUGUCGAUAUACUGCGAUAGGAAGGCGAAUGCGUUUUAUGGUAUAGUUCCGUCUCCAAGAAAAGGAACGGUGUGUAGCGAUAGGGUGGGUCAUUACAGUACAAACCAUUGAUAACUUUAAUGCACGUGUGGAUACAGAUAGUGAUUUUUCCGUACUUGUGUCAUAUUAAUUUCAUAUUAUUGUGUUCUUGUACUUUUAAGAGUAAACCUAACAUUUUUGAAGCUAAAAAAAUAGCCAAAUAAAUCUACUACUGUUUUCUGUCCUGCAAACGAUUUCCAUUUUCUCUCUUUCUCCACAUUGCGUUGUGCAACUAAUAAACAAUAUUGUAAUUC